UUUAGAAGAAAGACAACUGGAUAGCUGUAUGUCCAAUUGCAGAUUUGCAGUAUUCGUUAAGUUUUAACAAAUAUUAUACCAAUAGGGUUUUCUAAAUAAUAACUUCUUGAUGAGUGAUAGAAAAUUGUCAAAUGUGUAAUAAGUUCUGUUUGUUUCUUGAAAGGUUUAUUUUUACUAUUUUUCAUAAGAAUACUAUGUGAAAUAAAAAUAUGUACGGAACAAGGCAAAUUCAAAGGCAUGUCUAACAAUCCUAUUUUAGGUAAAAAUGGUGGGGAACAGGAUGUGAAUACCGAAGGUUCAAACUCCUUACCCAGGCCUUAUCUGUGUACCGGCUAUGACAUCUAUCUUGUCUGGGAGCCUUGUACAAUGUGUGCUAUGGCUCUUGUUCAUCAGAGAAUUAGGCGAAUAUUUUUUGCGUUACCGAAUCCUGAAGCUGGGGCAUUGGGAAGUGUUCAUAGGCUACAGGGUGAGAAAAGCUUAAACCAUCACUAUGCAGUUUUCAGGGUUGUCUUGCCUGAACUUGAAUUUCCAGCGGAAAGAUAGUUCUUUUGAUAUUUCCUACCGUUCACACUUUUACAUUUUCCAGAA